AUUGAAUGCGAUCAAAUUGUUUUGCUGUGCAACGUAAGCUGCAAAAGCUUGGGUCAAUACAUCUGUUUGAUAGCCCUUUGCCGCGGCUGUAGAAAGACAAUGCAAACCGUUCUUGCGCCCGGCGCCACAGCGCCCUGCAUUACACGUUGUCGAGAAGUUCGACAAGUAGUCAGAUGUGUACCGUUGCAGUCAACUCGGCCGGCGCUGUCGCCGGCAGCCGUCGCGCCGACUGUGUGCCGACAGGGGAUUAUGCCGCGACCGCUGUCGCCAUCGGCGCCUCAACAGCAAAUUAGCAGGGGUGAAAGCGUUAUUGCCUGUGCGUCAGCCGCUGGCGCACAAUCAGAGCAGCAAAAGCCCGGCUGGAAACUUCCCGCCUACAUUCUGCUUUGGUACGCCUUCAACAUUAUCUUCAACCUUAUUAACAAGAGCACCCUCAACGCCUUCCCUUGCCCAUGGUUCAUCGGGACGUGGCAGCUAAUCGCCAGCGGUCUGUUCAUGGGCGUGCUGUGGGUCACCGGGCUGCACCCGCGGCCCAGGGUGGACGGCCGCUUCUUCGCCGCGCUGCUGCCCGUGGCCUUCUUCCACACGGUUGGCCACAUCGCCGCUGUGGUGAGCUUCAGCCAGAUGGCGGUCAGCUUCGCACACAUCGUGAAGAGCGCGGAGCCGGUGUUCAGUGUGGCACUCAGCGGGCCGCUGGUGGGGGUGGGAUACCCUUGGUACGUGUGGGCCUCCCUGCUGCCCAUCGUGGCGGGCUGCUCGCUGUCCGCCAUGAAGGAGGUAUCCUUUGCUUGGAACGGCUUCAACAACGCCAUGAUCUCCAACCUGGGCAUGGUGCUGCGCAACAUCUACUCCAAGAAGUCGCUCAACGACUACAAGCACAUCGACGGCAUCAACCUGUUCGGCCUCAUCUCCAUCGCCUCGCUGCUGUUCUGCCUGCCCGCCGCGCUGGUCCUGGAGAGCGGCAGCUGGGGCGCCACCUGGAGUGCGGCGGUGGCGCGGGUGGGGCAGCAGCAGGUGGCGGGGCUGCUGCUGUGGGGGGGGCUCUUCUACCACCUCUACAACCAGUUGUCGUACAUGGUUCUCGACCAGGGCAUCUCCCCCGUCACCUUCAGCGUGGGUAACACCAUGAAGCGCGUGGCGGUGGUGGUGUCCUCCGUCGCCUUCUUCCGCAACCCCGUCAGCCCCCUCAACUGGGCGGGCAGCUUCAUCGCCAUUGCGGGCACCUACCUCUACUCGCUCGCCACGGACAGGUAUGCGGCGGAGAAGAAGGCGGCAGCGGCGGCGGCGGCGGCGGAGAAGAAGGAGCAGUGAGGGGUAUGGAGGUAACGCUACCGCUACUCAUUGUGAGCGAUGGGUGUGGAAUGUACGGGUGCACGGUACAUAGGGCCCGGAACGUGGGCAAAAGAAGUGUGCUGUGCUGUGACGUUUGUGACGUGGGGGGGGGCCUGGAGGGGUAUGACUCAUGUUGACUCCUGCUGCUGCUGUUGGGCGCUUUAGCAACCAUGCACGGAUUUUUGACUUUACGGGGUGGGUGGAGGGUUCCUUGCAUGGGGGGGUUAUGGUUUGACGGUGAGCUACCGAGCGGGAGGGGCGCACCCCUAACUGUCAUGUGGCUCCCAAGUGCCACGUAGACCUUAAGCCGGUCGGUUCGGUUGACUGACAGCGCAUACAAAAACACAACAGGGCGGGUUGCUCGGUUGGUCCGGCUGAACGGUGGAAAGGUAUUAUGCGGAUGGAAGAGGCGACGGCAAUUUUUUUCCGAGGGCUUUGUUGCGGCUCUCCUUGCCUGCUCUUUUUUCGCCCUUUCCCGCGGCUUUGCAAGCUGAAUCUUGAGGAUUGGUAGAGUUUUGCGUGAGGUCGGGCUCUCAUUUUUUUAUGUGUUGUGGUACCGGUAUAUGUGUAGCAAGGGUGCAUGUGCCGGGGUAUUACUCAGGUAGGCUGGUUUGGCCUGAAGCGUCAUUGCACGCUAUCUGCGCAGUUGGGAUACCGGUGGAGGGGCGUGGGGAUAGAGGCUGCCCAGCUGUUUUGAAUUUUAUGGCCCAGGUCAGGUCCUUAACAGCCCAUUGCCGAAAUUGUCGACGUAACCAAAUGUAGAUAGGCUCUUACAGAAUUUUGUAGGUCACGCUAAGGGACGUUUGCCUGCUAAGGGCGAAGAGGGGAUUGCGAGUUUGUUUUUAGGGUUGGCGCAAACCGGCGGUAUGCCGCCGGGAUGUUAGCCUACCAUAGUUUGCCGUUGUUGCUGCAAUAGCAGUACUGAUUGCCUUCUGGUUUGCAUGAACUGUUACCGUGAUAUAGGUAUCUGAACUCCAUAGUAUGGGGCUGAUUGGUUACACUAGCUCCUCUCGCUACUCACCUCAUGGCCCUAUGGGCUGGAUUGUAACGAUGCAUACGAAGG